AUGAAUAACAUCAUGCAACAAUCUCUCAUUUCAACCUCAGUCCUUCUCCUUGCAAUUACUUUCUACACCACCACCACUUUAGCCCAACUCUCACCAAUUCAACCUCCAACAACAACAGCAUCAUCACCACCCUUACCAACAACAGCAUCACCACCAUUACCGGCAACAACAGCAACAGCACCAACACCAGGACUAAACACAGUUCCACUUGUACCGACAACACCAACUGGUGCACCAUCACCCCUCAUCCCAAAAGGACCUACCAUUGACAUAAUCAACAUCCUCCAAAAAGCAAAGAGAUUCUCUGUCUUAAUCCGUCUUCUGAAAACAACACAAUUAAUCAACCAACUCAACUCACAGUUAGUAUCAUCAUCAGGUUCAGGUGGUUUAACAAUUUUUGCACCAGAAGACAGUGAUUUCUCUAAACUCAAAGCAGGGUUCUUAAACUCUCUAUCUGAUAGACAAAAAGUUGAACUCUUACAGUUUCACACUCUUGCUUCAUUCAUUUCAAUCUCAAACUUCGAUACCUUAACCAACCCUGUUCAGACACAGGCCGGUGAUGAUGCUAGGCUUCAACUUAAUGUUACUACUUACGGUGGAAACCAAGUUAGUAUGGCUACUGGAGCCGUUAAUGCUUCCGUUACCGGUACUGUUUAUACUGAUAGCAAACUUGCUAUUUAUCAGGUUGAUAAGGUUCUUCUUCCUCUCGAUCUUGUUCUUCCGGCUAAGGCUCCAGCGUUAGCCCCAGCGCCUGGUAAGGGUUUGCCUAAGGCUGGAAAAACUAACUCUUCUGCUGUAGAUGAUGGUAGCAGUGCUGGUAGCGAUGAUGGUGAUGGGAAGGUUUUGCCGGCGGAAGCAUCUAAGGCAGGGGCUGCGGUGAUGUGGGUUAACCUUGUUGUUUUUGGAAUGGCUUUGGUUGGUUGGAUUGUUCUAUAA